AUGGGAAAGAAGCAGAAAGAGGAACCUGCUGAAGAAGCGGAAGAGGAGGUUGAGGAGAAGCCUCGGAAAAAAGCCAAAACAGUGGAGACAGUUCCCGAGACAGUUGCUGAGACAGAGUUUCAGGACCCUGCGCUUGACAAUGAUGAUGGUGAGCCUACUGUCCAUUCCGUGUCAAUUGGCGGUCUCAGCUUUGACACCACUCGAGCGACAGUGCGUAAGCUGCCAAGAAAUUUGGGACGGUGGUCACGGUGCGACGAUGGGUCCGCGGAGCUCCUCGUAGAGCCGAUGUCUCCUUCUCCACGGCGGAGGAAAUGGACGCAGCCAUUUCUGGGUUGGAGGGCAAGGAGAUUGAUGGUCGAGAAAUCAAAGUGA